CAUGUUUUUAGUCCAUGUCCAUUAUUUAAAAUUCCACCGACCUUUUCGAACCUCCUUUUCCAAUACUUAGAAAGACAAUUUCCCACCAUCGCUUCCUUCUCGCAAUAUUGAAGUACACACUAGAGUGCUUUUAGUUUUUACGCGUCAUAUAGCGCCAAAUGUAUAACCCAAACAGUAAAUCAACUCCUCCAAGGCUCAAUCAUGCCACUAAAAGAUCUCUUCUGUUUUCUUUGGGUGAGACUAUCCAAACACGUCCCUAUUUAUUCCUCUCACUCGUUUUAGAAAACAAGGGUUCAUUUUUCCUUCUUUUUUCUCUUCCAAUUAUUUCGGCAAUUGUUUUCUUGUACUACUCAUAAAUUGUCGAAUUCAUUGUAGUUUUAAGAAUUAGUCAAUCCCUUUACUUUCUCUAAGUCACUGCCUUUUACUUUCUCUUUGGUUAUAUUGAAGAAUAUUUCAUGGAUUGUUUAAAACCCUACAAUUAACUUGUUUUUCAAUGGGUUUAAAACCAAAAACCCAGUUUUCUCUUGCUAAUAUUGCUCCUCUUAAGGAUUUACUGCUAAAAAUCAUGCUAAAUUUCAGCAAUUUCAUCUGGGUUUCUUCCUGGAGCAUAAUUUUUCACGUUUUUGAUCUCCUUCUCCGUUAUAUUUUGAGGAAUUCUGAAGAAAAAUCUAUUGAAAAAGCGUCCAUUUUGGAUGAAAUUGAUGAAGAUAAGCAUAUAGAAAAUGAUGAUGAAAUUGAUUUCGACCAAAUUGAGGAGAUACAGAUUCCCAAAUAUAAGGUAGAAAAUGUUUUCUAUACUAAUAAUACAAGUAAGUAUGAGUUCUCUACUGGAAAUAGUGUUUGUGCAUUCAUUGAAGAGCCUCAAAGUAUGCAAUUUAAGGUUCAAGAAAUAUUUGGAAUUUCCCAUGAUGAUGAUGAUGAAAAGUCUGUUGAUCUUCCUACCUAUAAUUCUAUGGAGAAAAAUGAUACUUCCUUUGAAGUCGUAUUACAUGAUUCUUGUGUUGAUUAUGAUGAUAUUAGUGAUGAGUUAUGUGAAGAAAUGAAUGUCAAACAGAGUGAAACAGAGUGUUCUGUUUUAGGGCUUUGUUUGGAAGAACAAGUAGAAGUUUUUGAAGAUGAGAUGGUUGAAGAAGUUAUGGAGAAAGAUGAGAUUAGUAUUCAAGAACAAGUGGAAGUUUUUAAAGAAGAUGAAAUUGUUGAACAAGUCAUAAAGAAGGAAGAAAUUGAAGAUCAAGAACAAAAAGAAGAAAUGAUUGAUAAAAAAGAUGAAUUUUGUGAUGAAUUUCAUUCAUCUAUAUCAAAAAGUGAUGAAUUUUGGGCUGUAAUUUAUAAAUAUGAUUAUUUCUUAAAAGAUUGCAAUGAAGAAAUAGAUUAUUCUUCUAAUGAAACAUUGUCACCAUUAUACGCUCAUAACAACUAUGAUCAGGGAUUAAAAAUAAAUAUAGGACGACAUACGCUGAGUAAGUCCUUCGACACUAAAGAGUUGGAUGAUUCAAAAAGUGAGGAAGAAGAAGAAGAAAUAAAAAAAAGUGAUAAAAUAUUAAUGGAGCAAAAGGAAUUGAUUCGACAAAUGAAAAAGGAAAUAAGACAAUUGAAGAUAUGUGGGCUUCCGACAAUAUUAGAAGAAUCGGAGUCACCAAGAGUGGAAGAAGAUUUGAGGCCAUUAAAGAUUGAUGAGAGAAUUGGGUAUAAAGAUAUAAUGGAAGAGAUUCAUACUUUGUAUAGGAUGUAUUUGGACAAGAUGAAGAAGUUUGAUAUUUUAAGUCAACAAACUAUGUAUGCAUUAGGUCUACUGCAAUUGAAAUACCAAAACAUGACCUUAAUCAAAAAAGAAUCAAUUUCAGUAAUCAAGUCUAUUUGGUUUAACAAGCUAAGAAAGCAAGAAUCACAGCCACUUCAGAAAUUAAUCAAAGAUUUGCAAAUGGACUUGGAAUUAGCUUAUGUUGCUCAUCUUUGCUUAUCAUGGGAGGUAUUGAAAUGGCAACAUCAUAAAGCUGAACAACUAUCACAUCAUGAUUCUGAUGGGUUUCAUCAAUGUAAUCAAGUUUCUGGAGAAUUCCAGAAGUUUCAAGUGCUCUUGCAAAGGUUCACUGAAGAUGAGCCGUUUCAGCAUGCCCCUCGAGUUCAACAUUAUAUCAACACCCGUUUUGCUCAUCCUGCUCUUCUUCAAGUUCCCCUUAUCAAAGAUGAUCCUAAAAGCGAAUGGAAAAAAAUUGGGGAAAAUGGAAUUUCACUCAUAAUGCUGAAGCAAGUCAUAGGAGAAUCAAUAUGCUUAUAUUCAGAAUUUGUCCAUGCUGAUAAAGAUGAAGUAUGUGCAUUUCCUCUGAUGGAUAUAUGCAGGGUUCAAGUCAUUCUACAGGAUCCUUCAGAUGCAGAACUACUUGCAGAAAUUCGUUCUACUCUUCAUAAGAAGGAGAAGAAGCUGAGGGACCUAGUAAGAAGUGGGAACUGCUUAGUGAGAAAGUUCCAGAAACAUCAAGAUCAAAAACUGAGUCAUGAAAUGCUGGUUGCACAGGUGGAGCUUCGGUUAGUCUCUAGAGUACUAAGUAUGAAGAAAUUAAGUACUGAUCAACUGUUAUGGUGCCAUAAGAAAUUGAACAAGAUUGAUAUUGUUGAUAGAAGAAUAUACUUAGAUUACUCAUUUUUCCUAUUUCCUUGUUAAUAUUCUUGGGUUAGUAUCCCCUAAGAGAUCAUAGAAAUAUUGUAAUAAGCUUGUAUUUAGAAGGAUAAAUACUUAUUAUCGGAGUAUAUAACAUAUUUUGAGUCUACAGUUUAAGCUUUUAAACUUGAUGGUUAAGGCCACAAGAUUUUUUAUGUACUCUAACAGUUAUUCUACAGAAAAACAAAGCAAAAUACUUUGUGUAAUUAAAUAGAUAAUUACAAUAAAAGUAAUGUUGCCAACAUGUAU